CAAAAUUGUCAUCUCUAAAUAACAACACAUCAGUUUUUACCGGCAAAACUUUUUUAGUUUAGCUAAAAUUUUCUUUUAUUCCAUAAAAAAUGGAUAAUAACGACUCAAAGUUAUGGCCAUUAUUUAUAUUGACGAUCUGCGUCAAAAUGAUGCUAGUGCCGGCAUACCAUUCCACAGAUUUCGAGGUGCAUCGAAAUUGGUUGGCCAUUACUUUCAAUUUACCCUUAAAAGAAUGGUACUACGACGAAACUAGUCAAUGGACUUUGGAUUAUCCUCCCUUUUUUGCCUAUUUUGAAUGGCUGCUGGCCCAGGUGGCCAAAUAUGUGGAUCCCAAAAUGUUGCAACUCACUAACCUUAAUUAUGCCUCAGAGGAGUGUAAAUAUUUUCAAAGAAUAUCGGUUAUGGUAAUGGAUUUAGUGUUUUGCUUGGCGGUAAAGCGUUGCCUAAAAUCGUUGGCAGCGAUGGGCGUAAAAGUGCACAAACUCUCGGCUGAAGCUCUUUUGUUGUUUAAUGUGGGUUUGUUGUUUGUUGACCACAUACAUUUCCAGUAUAAUGGUUUUCUAUUCGGUUUGUUGUUGUUGAGCAUAAGUUAUAUGCUGGAGGACCGUUUCCUGAAGGGUACUUUUAUAUUUGCCUGCCUUUUGAAUUUUAAACACAUCUUUUUGUAUACGGCUCCUGCUUUUGGCAUUUAUUUGUUAAGAUACUAUUGUUUGGAGGCCGGUAAAAAUCCGAUAUUUUGUGUGUAUAAAUUACUGGCUGUGGGUUUGACUCCCUUUGUGUUAGCUUUUGCUCCAUUUUAUCAACAUCUACCACAAGUUUUAAGUCGUUUGUUUCCAUUUAAACGUGGCUUGACACAUGCCUAUUGGGCUCCCAAUUUUUGGGCUUUAUACAAUACAGCUGAUAAGGUUGCGGCAAAAGUUCUGAAAGUGGAGUCUUCAUCGUUUGCUUCAUCUACUUCUGGUUUAGUGCAAGAAUAUGAUCAUGAUGUUUUGCCUUCGGUGAGACCCUUGGCUACAUUUUUUCUAACUGUGCUCACAAUGUUGCCCAUACUAUGGAAAUUGUGGACUUUUGCUGUUAAAAGAGACGCUAAAAUCAACUUCCUUAGAUCUAUUGUCAUUUGUUCAGCUUGUUCGUUUAUAUUUGGCUGGCAUGUACAUGAAAAGGCCAUUCUAAUGUGCCUAAUACCACUGUGUUUGCUGUUCUUCGUCUCCCCCACAGAUGCCAAAUACUCCUUUAUGCUCAGUGCUGUGGGUUUAUUCUCUCUCUUCCCCCUACUCUUUCACUUUGAUUUGUUGAUCAUACGUUAUUCUUCAUAUCUGGCUUAUAUGGGUUACAUGUAUACACGUUAUCUAUACGUACACAAAGACUAUCCCGAUAUGAGUCUUUUGGAGGACUGCUAUAUACAUGGCCUAGUGAUUAUACCCAUAUAUGAGCAUCUGAUUGGUUGGCUAACGGGUUUAAAUGAAAAACUUCCCUUCUUACCAUUGCUCAUGUACUCAACGUAUUGUGCCGUUGGUGUUUUAUAUUCUUUCAUACGUUAUUAUAUAUAUGCAUUAGAACUUAAGGCUAUCUCUAACACUAAGACUACAACAUCUAAGACUAAAACUAAAAAGUUAAAAAAUAUUGAGACUUCCUCCUCUGCAACUGCAUGGCAACAUGUUAAGGCGACCUCUGAAACUGGGACUCUGUCACAGAGCGUAGUAAAGACAAAGGCGAAACCUGUGAACCAGCAGAAGUCGAAGCAGAAGCUGAAGAAGCAUAAAUAAAUGAAACUGUUGUGUUGUUACUCCUAAA